AUGGCGAGUACCAGUUCGCCGUCUCGCCAGGGUAGCCCGGCUGCAGCUCCUGUCCCGGCGCCGGCUGCAGCAGCAAUAACUCAACCUCGCCCUCUAGUGUCCCCUUCCCCAGCCCCGGAACAAACAGCAGCAGCAGCAGCAUCAGACGGAGAGUCGCAGGCAGAGGCUCAAGCCACGUCAAAACCGGAUACACAGGCACAGGCUGAGGAGCCGUCGACCGCGAUGAUGGAGGUGGGAACGGGUGCUGGCGAUUCGCCGGAUGAUAGAGGCGCGUUCGAACCUGAAAAGGAGACUCAUUUCGACAAGCCUGACGGAGGCUACUAUGCGGGCUCGAGGAAGGAUUUCCCGCUUCCCGCGUGUCGAUACCCGUUGCCCAGAACGAGUCUGAAGCGUCUUUCGGAGCCAGAGCCCGGUACAAAGGGUGGCAGACAGAGACACUACACGGAUGACCCCAACUACCCUCUUCAGGGCUUCUGGACAGAGGCCGGUACAUGGCAGGACUGGCCGCCCAAGGGCAGUUCUCCUGAUCCGGAGGAAAAGGAAAAGGAAAAGGAACAGGAACAGGAUGGCCAUGAUAAACCAAAGGAGACAGAUAAUGCACGGGGCCAGGCCAAUGGCAAGGAGAAAGAGAAGGAGAAGAAGGACAAGCUUGCUGAGUCGAUGCCUACGAAGGGUGAAAGCACAUUUUCUGCUGCAGAAGGUCGUGAGAAGCGAGAUGCUAAGCCAGAUGCUCCGAAUAAUACGUCGUCCACGACUUCUGCGCCUGCUAGUAGCCGUCGACAGACAAACGGGACCAUUGGCAGUGUCUACUCUGGCAACAAGAUUCGCCAUCUCAAAAAAGAUGAUGGUAUUCCGCUUUGGCGCAAGGAUAUCCAACAUCUCUUCUUGCGCUUGGUCUUUGAAGAUACUACGCCCGUGUUCACUCGACAUUCAGACGGGAAGAGCGGAUUGAGCUUUGCGGAUAUCUAUAUCGAUGCCAUGGCAAAGAGCAGCAAGACCAGCAAGGUGCUAAAGGAUAAGCUAACCACCGAUAAGCCUGCCGCAAUCAACAUGGCUAUGGUCUGUCUGCUGGUUAAUUUUGGGCGGAUGAAUACGACCCUUAACUUCUUCCCUGAAAUGCGUGCCCAGCUGCGAACAUAUCACUCUAUCCCUUCGCUACAAGCCCACCAAGACUCGAGUGCGUACAAACAGCUUCAGGACGCACCGCGGCUUAAAUCUAUAUUGAAGGGUGCAUCGGAAGAUGUUGAACAACCGAACACCCUUGACAAACUACGGGAGACUCCCGUUCCGCGGACUAACCCUGUCAACCUCAUCUUCGUCCUGGCUCAGUAUGCUCCUAAAGUAUCAGAGAUUCACUUCCACUCUCCCCACGACUUCUUCGACCUCGUCAUGCGAGCUACCCUGAGCAGCAAGAGUCGAGCCAAGGCAUUCCUCUGGCUGAUGUGGUUUUAUCUGGAGAGUGACUUUUCUGAUGAAGCUGCUUUGAAGAACCCCUUUGGGCCUGGAACUGUUGGAGAGGGAACAGAUGGCUCACCGUUAAAGAUUCCUCAACUAGAAGAGUUGACAGAGGAAGAGGCUGAUGCAGAGAAUGUUGAUACCCAAGAUGAAAUCCUAUAUGGAGAGGAAAAGCAAAAAGAACGCAAAAGAAUCCUUGAUGAUGACGAAGUUGUCUCUCGAAAUAAGAGAGUGAAAAAGGAUAAUACUAUGAGUGAUGACCAGAUGUCGGGUGAUAUCCCUAUGAGCGGUACUCCUGGCGGCCGGGACAAACAAUCGACUUUCUUCACGCCUCUUAAUCAGAGUAGGCGCCCGGGGGAUGACGACGAUGACGAGCUGCUUACCCCCAUCCAGAAUCUGAGGUCACGGAAUAAACGCAAACGAGAUUCGUCAACUACUCGUUCAGGUAAUGCUGGGCGGACACGAAUUGUGCUAAAGACUAAGAUGGAUCAGGCCGCCGACGGGUUGUCUCCCGCACCUCCUGGCUCAAGUCAUCCGGUCCUCCACCAGUUUGCUCCCGGUUCUCCUGCUCUAGGACAGACACCAUCAUCUUCCCGUCGACCUCGACCGCUGACCCAACACCAGCUAGCUAUCGAGCAAAACCGCCGGCAGCGAGUGGACUAUAUCCUUGCACAACGCCGCGCAGAAGAAUAUAGUAAAGCUCGCGAACGUAGGGAGCAGGGAUCCCAGCUUUUUCAUGCCGGCCAGCUGCUUCAGUGUCUACCGGUGGAUUAUGACACAGAUGAUGACCAUUCCUGGGGCAAAGGUGGCCUGUGUUUGAACCCGGAUGCGCAACAGGAAGAUUUUGGAGAGGCAGGCAGCUUCUAUUUCUCUGUAUUGAAGAAGGUAGCUCGCCGCCUGCAUCGAUGGGAUUGGCAAUCUGUCGCUACGGAGGAUAAGGAUAUUGGACCCAACGGAUUGAUGCAUGAACAUGCUCUCGAUCUAGGAGAUGCAAACGCCAACGGCGGCAUGGGUGACGAAGAAGUUGAACCGUCCGGUCCUCCAGCCUCGAGCCGAUCCAGAGGAGGCAGAAGAGACCGGAGAUCAAACGCCAAUAACGCAGAUAAAUUGUCUACACCGGAUCCAAACCGACUGGCUGCCCCCCCUUCGACUGGUAAGAGACAAUACAUUCGCCGCAAGCCGUUACCGGAGCGCAAACCAGGUGACCCACCCAAGAGAGUUCGUCCAAGCAGAUCGAAGGCAGCACUUGCAGCAAAAGCUGCUGCAAAGGCUGAGGCAGAAGCACAAAAGGCUCUAGCGCUCAAGCAGGAUGCCAAUGCAACUGGUACGAGUGUUGCUGGAUCUGAACUGGGACUACCCAGCUCACCGGGCAGGGACGUACGCAUGAAAGAAGCCGGGGAGAAUGAGGACGAGAAUGACAAUGAGCAAGAACAGGAGCAAGAACAAGAGCAGGACCAGGACCAGGACCAAGACCCCGAUCAAGAUCCCGACGACGAGGGACUAGACGAUAUCGACAAGGACAUUAUAGGUGAUGCCAGUGCCUACGGAGACGAUGGCGAUGAAGAUGACGCAGAAGGCGAAUCACGACUCUCCAUGUCUCCUCUUCCAGACGCUGACGCCGACGCCGACGUCGACGCUGAUGCAGACCUAGAUCAGGAACCAGGUUCUGAAGCCGUGGCCGCCCCAUCCGUCAUACCUGAUGAUGCUUCUAUUGCUGCUAUGGCAGACGACAAGACCCUCCCUGCCUCCAUCAACGGCCAUGAUGAGGAUCAUCAACACCUUGGCUCGGACGACUCAACAGAGGAGGACGUCACUGCCACGGCUCUAGCUGCCGCUGACUCGCCAGACACUACAAGCUAUACGGAAGAGCCUGGCCACAGGCCUGAUCAGGAGCAGAACAUAGAUGCGGAUGGGGACGAGAUUAUGACCCAGGACUAGACAUGGAACCUGAACGUUUAACACGGUACUUUUUGGAAUCCGCACCUGGAAUCAGAGCGAGAGGUCUUGUCUCUCCAUUAUUACCACUCUUUCUACCUUUUGUGCUAUUUUCUUCUGUUUCUGACCCGGGUUUCGGAGGGUGAUUGUACAUUUAUAUUUAUUUCUGUGGUAUUAUAGGGAGGGAGCAGGAGAAGUGACAGGCUUAUGGGCAUAUCCAGAUUUCAUUUUUGACCACCGACGUUUAUCGAGGAGUUUGUAUCUACCUACCAAUAUAUAAUUCAAGAUGUAUACUAUCUGGUCCCAGAAAAUGCUCAUCCACGAUCCAUCCAGGGGUACCAGCAGGGCCUCUUGUAUCAUCCCCCGCAGCCAAACCCCGUCUCUUGUCUCUCUGUGUGACGUCGUACAUUGUCUUAAAUGGCUGUAUCAGAGAUGUAUAGCUCACCCCCUUAUCCCGUAGACGAGAGAGGCCUGCUGAUGAGGUAUUCGUCUGUCGCCCCCGAGGCCACGGCAUGACCAGCCUGCCAUCCAACAGCCUGCAGCCACUUCAGCUCUGCC